ACUUUAACACAGUGGAUCAGAGCAGUUCAGAAGGAGGAGAAUUUAGUUUCAGUCCAGUCGGCCCAUAAGAUAGUGUCAGAGAUGCAACAAUCUAUCGGAGUGGCUGUCAAGGCGCUGAAAAAUGCAGUUGUCUGUUUAAUCCUGCUGCCUCGUUUUCUCAUGGCAGCACUCAUGCUAUGGUUGCUUGAUUUUCUAUGCAUACGGAAGAAAGUGCUACUGAAGAUGAGAGAGCAAGAGGGGAGUCCAGACGAUCCCCCACUGUGCGUCUCCGAUUCGAACAGAAUGUUCAGCUGGGAGUCGCUGAAAGCGGUCUGGCAUGGGCAUAAAUUGGACUUCUUUAAAUCCGCACAUCCUGGAUAUGCAGCACCCAACACUGAAGUUGUGCAGCUCGGGGAUAAGAGAAAAUGCCGGAUUCUUGACCACAUAAAAGGGAAGAGACCGCUCAUCUUAAACUUUGGUAGUUGCACCUGACCGCCGUUUAUGACACGCCUAAAGGCGUUCCAGCGGCUUGUCAGCCAAUACACUGAUAUAGCAGACUCUCUUCUUGUAUAUAUUGAGGAAGCGCAUCCGUCAGACGGUUGGAUGAGCUCUGACGCUCCUUACCAAAUCCCUAAACAUCGAUGUCUGGAGGACAGACUGAAAGCAGCACAGUUGAUGAACCUUGAGGUCCCCGGUUGCCUUGUAGUUGCGGAUAGCAUGAACAAUUCGUCGAACGUUGCUUACGGAGCAUAUUUCGAUAGACUUUAUAUACUUCUAGACGGAAAGGUUGUCUAUCAGGGAGGCAGGGGACCGGAGGGAUACAGCAUCUCUGAACUGAGGAAUUGGCUUGAUCAAUACAGGAACAGUGUUGACAAUUCCAGAACGGUGGUGAUUCAUGUGUAACAACAUUACGAUAAUCUCAUGGUAUUCACUAAAUCCACAGAAAAAUAAACACAUGCUUGAAAGCUGCUAUUACAAUGUUAACGCGCUACAACUUCAUGUGUUGUGGCUUUUAAGUAUCAUUAUCACUGAAAUGUUUUACAUCCAGUGAUGGAUUACGUCGUUUACUGUGUGGUGAUGUAAAACGCAUGAUGAAUUGCUUGUUCUGUCUGUGUUCGUUUGUUUUCGCCUUAGUCAUAGCCUAAUAACUAACUCGUGGUACCCGUUAGUUAUCAACCGUACAUUUGUAAAUAUGUGUUGAAAUACAGUACUGUUGUUUUAUUUUAUGUCAUGUUCCACAAAGUGUGACUGCGUAUGAAUGUGAGAGAAAAUGUUUAAAUGUUAACAUGGCUAUUACUGUUUACUCUAGUUUCGCUGUGAAGUUCGGUUUUUAAAAGGUUCACAACCAGAAAACCGAUACUGAUGUAAUUUGAUACUAGAGCACUCGGUGAUGAGCGAUUUUCUCAAGGAUCAACUUAGCAAAUGUUUUGUUUUGUAAAUUAUGCAUACUUUUUUAAAACAUAAUUUUUAUAAUAAAAACUACUUAUGCACUGA